AACUAUUUUGAUGGAAAACUUUCCCCUCAAGGGAAAAUGCCUUGGAUUGAAUACAAUCACAAGAAAGUAUCUGGCACCGAGUUCAUUAUUGAUUUUUUGGAAGAGAAACUUGGCGUGAAUUUAAAUAAACACCUCGGUCCGCAUGAAAGAGCUGUUUCCAGAGCCGUGACAAAAAUGGUGGAGGAGCACUUCUACUGGACUUUAGCUUACUGCCAAUGGGUGGAAAAUCUUCACGAGACGCAAAAGAUGGUUUCGCUUUUUGGCCCCUUCAGUGACUUGCUGAAAUGGAUCCUCUGCCAUCUGACCAAAGGGAUCGUGAAGCGGGAAAUGUACGGCCACGGCAUUGGCCGCUUCUCGGAGGAGGAGAUGUACACGCUGAUGGAGAAGGACAUGCGGACUCUAGCAGGCCUCCUGGGUGACAAGAAGUACAUUAUGGGACCAAAUGUUUCCACUGUUGAUGCCACUGUCUUUGGGCAUUUGGCACAGGCAAUGUGGACACUUCCAGGGACUCGACCAGAGAGGCUAAUCAAAGGUGAACUGAUUAACCUUGCUAUGUAUUGUGAAAGAAUAAGGAGGAAAUUUUGGCCAGAAUGGCACCAUGAUGAUGAUAACACUCUAUAUGAAUCUGAGGAAAGCAGCGAAGCAAGCAAGACUUACUCUCCUUUGCAGGACUUCAGUUUUUAUUCAAGGACAGAAACAUUUGAUGAGGAAGGGAACAGUAUUUCUCAAACCCCUGACACAGAUUACACUGGACACUCCCUCUUUGAUUCAGAUGUGGACAUGGACGAGUACAGAGAUCAUGAACAAUGCAAGUGA